GCCUGGGCUAGUAGUGCAGGUGCCGCUGCGCCGGGGGCCGGGGAGGCUGCGCGCCGAGCCGAGCGUAGCCGGGGAGGGAUGGAGAGCGGGCCGGCGGGGCUGCAGGAGCACCGGCGUGGGGCGUAGGCGGGCGCGAGCGGGCGUGAGCAGGCGCUCGGGCGCGAGAAGUGUGCGGGCGCAGGAGCACUUUGCGAUAGGAUGAGGCUCUUGGCUGGCGCGCGGUAGUACUAUGAUUUGGUAUGUGGCCACUUUGAUAGCAAGUGUGAUCAGCACCCGAGGUCUUGCGGCUCAAGCUGCCCACGGCCUUCGAGAGGAGCCUGAGUUUGUUACUGCGAGAGCCGGUGAGGGCGUGGUCCUGCGAUGCGACGUGAUUCACCCAGUGACGGGACAGCCCCCGCCCUAUGUCGUGGAGUGGUUCAAGUUUGGGGUGCCCAUCCCUAUCUUCAUCAAGUUUGGCUACUAUCCCCCUCAUGUGGACCCUGAGUAUGCAGGCCGGGCAAGUCUUCAUGAUAAAGCAUCCCUGCGACUGGAGCAGGUUCGCUCUGAGGACCAGGGCUGGUACGAGUGCAAAGUGCUCAUGCUGGACCAACAAUAUGACACCUUUCACAAUGGUAGCUGGGUCCACCUUACCAUCAAUGCUCCUCCCACCUUUACGGAAACACCCCCCCAGUACAUCGAGGCCAAGGAGGGCGGCAGUGUUACCAUGACCUGCACAGCUUUUGGGAACCCCAAGCCCAUUGUCACAUGGCUGAAGGAGGGGACACUCCUAGGUGCUAGUGGGAAAUACCAGGUGAGUGAUGGCAGCCUGACAGUGACAUCGGUCAGUAGGGAGGACAGAGGUGCCUACACCUGUCGCGCAUACAGUAUCCAGGGGGAGGCUGUUCAUACCACCCACCUGCUUGUCCAAGGGCCUCCCUUCAUCGUUUCCCCUCCUGAGAACAUCACUGUCAACAUAUCCCAGGAUGCUCUGCUCACCUGCCGGGCAGAGGCGUAUCCCGGCAACCUUACCUACACCUGGUAUUGGCAGGACGAGAACGUCUACUUCCAGAAUGACCUGAAGUUGAGAGUGCGGAUCCUGAUCGAUGGGACCCUGAUCAUCUUCCGGGUGAAACCUGAGGAUGCAGGGAAAUACACCUGUGUUCCUAGCAACAGCCUGGGGCGCUCCCCUUCUGCCUCAGCAUACUUAACUGUGCAGUAUCCAGCCCGUGUCCUCAACAUGCCCCCUGUCAUCUACGUGCCCGUGGGAAUUCACGGCUAUAUCCGAUGCCCUGUGGAUGCAGAGCCACCAGCCACCGUGGUCAAGUGGAACAAAGAUGGCCGCCCCCUGCAGGUUGAGAAGAACCUGGGUUGGACCUUGAUGGAGGAUGGCUCUAUUCGGAUUGAGGAGGCCACAGAGGAGGCUCUUGGCACUUACACCUGUGUGCCUUACAACACCUUGGGGACCAUGGGCCAGUCUGCUCCUGCACGGCUUGUCCUGAAGGACCCCCCGUAUUUUACGGUGCUACCAGGCUGGGAGUAUAGGCAGGAGGCUGGCCGGGAGCUGCUUAUCCCCUGUGCUGCUGCAGGGGACCCUUUCCCUGUCAUCACUUGGAGAAAGGUAGGGAAGCCCAGCAGAAGCAAGCACAAUGCCCUGCCCAGCGGGAGUCUCCAGUUUCGAGCCCUGAGUAAGGAGGACCACGGGGAGUGGGAGUGCAUCGCCACCAACGUGGUCACCAGCAUCACUGCCAGUACCCACCUGACCGUCAUCGGCACCAGCCCCCAUGCCCCGGGCAGUGUCCGGGUCCAGGUCUCCAUGACAACUGCCAACGUGUCCUGGGAACCAGGCUAUGAUGGAGGAUUCGAGCAGACAUUCUCAGUUUGGUACGGACCUCUGAUGAAGCGGGCACAGUUUGGGCCCCAUGACUGGCUAUCUUUGCCAGUGCCACCGGGACCCAGCUGGUUGCUAGUGGAUGCCCUGGAGCCUGAGACAGCAUACCAGUUCAGCGUCCUGGCCCAGAACAAGCUGGGAACGAGCGCCUUCAGUGAGGUGGUCACUGUGAACACUUUAGCAUUCCCUAUCACAACUCCAGAACCCCUGGUGCUGGUUACCCCACCGAGGUGCCUCACAGCCAAUCGGACCCAGCAGGGUGUGCUCCUGUCUUGGUUACCCCCUGCCAAUCACAGCUUUCCCAUUGACCGCUACAUCAUGGAAUUUCGUGUCGGGGAACACUGGGAGACGUUAGAUGGUGCCAUCCCGGGCACUGAUGGAGACUUCUUUGCCAAGGAUCUGUCACAGGACACCUGGUACGAGUUCCGGGUUCUGGCCGUCAUGCAGGAUCUGAUCAGUGAGCCCAGCAACAUUGCCGGUGUCUCCAGCACAGACAUCUUCCCACAGCCGGACCUGACCGAUGACGGGCUAGCUCGGCCUGUGUUGGCUGGAAUCGUAGCUACCAUCUGCUUCUUGGCAGCUGCCAUCCUGUUCAGCACCCUGGCCGCCUGCUUUGUCAACAAGCAGCGCAAGCGUAAGCUCAAGCGCAAAAAAGAUCCUCCACUCUCCAUCACUCACUGCAGAAAGAGCUUGGAGUCUCCCCUGUCAUCUGGCAAGGUGAGCCCUGAGAGCAUCCGCACUCUCCGGGCCCCAUCGGAGUCCUCUGAUGACCAAGGCCAGCCAGCAGCCAAGAGGAUGCUGAGUCCCACCCGGGAGAAAGAGCUGUCAUUGUACAAGAAGACCAAGAGGGCCAUCAGCAGCAAGAAGUACAGCGUGGCCAAGGCUGAGGCUGAGGCUGAGGCCACGACACCCAUUGAGCUCAUCAGCAGAGGCCCUGAUGGCCGCUUCGUGAUGGAUCCCUCUGAGAUGGAGCCCUCGAUGAAGAGCAGGCGCAUCGAGGGCUUUCCCUUUGCCGAGGAGACGGACAUGUACCCUGAGUUCCGCCAGUCAGAUGAGGAGAACGAGGACCCACUGGUGCCCACAUCUGUGGCUGCCUUGAAGUCCCAGCUGACCCCUCUGUCAUCCAGCCAGGAGUCCUACCUGCCACCACCAGCAUACAGCCCUCGGUUCCAGCCCCGUGGGCUGGAGGGCCCCGGCGGCCUGGAAGGUCGGCUCCAGGCCACAGGCCAAGCCAGACCUCCCGCUCCCCGGCCCUUCCACCAUGGCCAGUAUUAUGGGUAUCUCAGCAGCAGCAGCCCUGGGGAGGUGGAGCCACCGCCCUUCUACAUGCCAGAAGUGGGCAGCCCCUUGAGCUCUGUCAUGUCCUCCCCACCCCUGCAUACUGAGGGGCCUUUUGGCCACCCCACCAUUCCUGAGGAAAACGGAGAGAACGCUUCCAACAGCACGCUGCCCUUGACUCAGACACCCACAGGAGGGCGCUCCCCUGAGCCCUGGGGUCGGCCAGAAUUCCCCUUUGGGGGACUGGAAACCCCGGCCAUGAUGUUUCCCCACCAGCUGCACCCCUGUGACGUAGCCGAGAGUCUGCAGCCCAAGGCUUGCCUCCCUCGAGGACUGCCCCCCACCUCCCUGCAGGUGCCCGCGGCCUACCCGGGCAUCCUGUCUCUGGAGGCGCCCAAGGGCUGGGCAGGCAAGUCGCCGGGCAGAGGCCCCGUCCCAGCACCGGCCUCCGCUAAGUGGCAGGACAGACCUAUGCAACCUCUGGUGAGCCAAGGGCAGCUAAGACAUACCAGCCAAGGUAUGGGCAUACCCGUGUUGCCUUACCCCGAGCCGGCUGAGCCGGGGGGGCACAGCGGCCCCAGCACAUUUGGCCUGGACACCCGGUGGUACGAGCCCCAGCCCCGGCCCCGGCCCAGCCCCCGGCAGGCCAGGCGCGCCGAGCCCAGUUUACAUCAAGUGGUGCUACAGCCCUCCCGGCUCUCGCCUCUGACCCAAAGUCCCCUGAGCUCCCGCACCGGCUCCCCUGAGCUUGCCGCCCGGGCCCGGCCCCGCCCGGGCCUCCUGCAGCAGGCAGAAAUGUCGGAGAUCACCCUGCAGCCACCGGCCGCUGUCAGCUUCUCUCGCAAGUCCACGCCAUCCACCGGCUCCCCUUCCCAGAGCAGCCGCAGCGGGAGCCCCAGCUACCGGCCUACCAUGGGCUUCACCACUCUGGCCACAGGCUACCCCUCCCCUCCGCCAGGCCCUGCAGGGCCUGCGGACAACCUGGAUGUGUUUGGACAGAUGCCUUCCCCUCGAAAGAUGGGGGAGGAGCUGCUCAGACCAGAGCCCCCCCCACCGCCAUUACCUACUUCAGGAACACAUCCACCUGCACCUGGGCAUGCUGCUGCACCUGAGAGGCUGGAGGCUCUGAAAUACCAACGGAUAAAGAAGCCCAAAAAGUCAUCCAAGGGCUCUUCGAAGUCAAAGAAACGAUCCGACGGUUCUGCCUCCCAGGCUCAGCAGCUUCCAGACUCCCAGGUUCUGUGGCCCGAUGAAGCCGUCUGCCUCCGAAAGAAGAAGAGACACUCUCGGCCUGACCCUUUUGCCCGCCUCUCAGACCUGUGCCACCGCCAGCUUCCGGAAGACCAGACGGCGAUUCUCAACAGCGUGGAUCAUGAUGACCCCGGCCAUGCCACCCUGCUGUGACACGACACAACUCUAAGUGUUCCCUGAGUGGCAGUGCUGGGCUGAGGGGCAAGGGAGGAUGAGGGUGUGCCAGCAGGCGGGCAGUUUCUGGGGCUGCUCUGACCUUUGUUCUGUUCAUUCUGCCUCUGGCCAGAGUGGAACCUCUGAAUCCUGGCCAUCCGGUCUCACUUUCAGGACAGAAGGCCAGGGGCAGACCUGUAGGUAGAGAUCAGAAAGUGAACCAGGGACAGGGAGAGAUCUGCCUCCUUCCCACCUCUCCCCUCUUCCCUGGCUUGAUUUUUCUCACCUCUUCAAAUAUCUUUGGAAGUGAAGAAGGGGAAAGCAAUGGCUUUUACUGCUCUCUGCUUGUGUUUCAGUUUAUCAAAUCCUGGAAGAGGGCUGGACUUCCAUCCCAUCUUCCAAAUCUACAUAUAUAUAGAUAUAGAUACAAAUGCAUAUGUAUGUAGUUUGUGGGCUUCUCUAUGUAUAUAUAUGUACAUUGAAGCAAAGUGCUGUUUAUUUCUGUGGUCAGUGAAGGAAGGAGGUAGAGGGCAGCAGACUGCUGGGGUUUGUGAGUAGGACUGGCUGAGAGCCAGCUGGGCAUCUGAUAUCCGUCCUGGGUAUUCUUCCUUCUGAAACAGGAUUCAUGGCUUCUCAGCUGAACUCUACCUUCUCCUGUCCAGAGCAGAAAUGGGUCUUCCAAUGCUUCCUAGCUGCCUGCUUUGGGGGUUCAGCAAUGAGUACCACAGAACUAAACACAAGCCUUUAUUUCUUGGUUCCUGGGUGAAGAAAGGGUAGCCAGCAAAGGGCCAGACUGGCAUCUUUCUUCCUUCCACAGUUUGUCCCAUGCUGCGGAAGUAGAAGCUGCUUAGCAGUGGGGCCAAGAAGCAGGUCCUGAUGCACAAACUCGAGCUGAUUCGUCAGUCCCCUUUGGUCCAGCCAGGGCCAGAAGCCCUGUGGCCAAAGGGCUUCCCGUUCCGGAGCCAUCUGUUCUGAACACCAAGCUGCCGCGGCUCUAUUUAUAUCCUGCCUCUGGCUCGGCACCCUCUGGAGCGCUGCUCCAAAGGCACUGAUUGGAUUCCUCCUUUCCUUUUGUGGGAGCUAAUUCCCCAGAUUGAUUAAUUGCCACUUGUGGGGAGCCUGCCUGCGUCUCCUUUCCAUCUCUCCACGUGCUGCCUGCAGACUCUUCUUUGCCCUGGGCCCUCCUGCAUUCCGUGGACCCAAGCUCCAACAGGAUGGGAUCACAUGAAGCUAGGGUGCCUCAGAUUUCCAGAUUCUGGGGCAACUCUGGAUCCCCUCUCUUUCCUCAGUUUUAUUUCUGUGGAACUGGCUGAGGCAAAGGGAUGAAGGUAGAAGGGUGAUAGGUAGGGGCCUGGGCUCUGGUCCUUUUUCUGCCAAAAUCUUGUCCUAGUUCAAACUAUUAGCACCCAGAAGCUUCUGUGCAGUCAUCUUACAGUGACUAAAGAUGCAUCUCCAGUAAGAUAAUGGUGCUGCCCAAGAGCAGGACAGAAGGUCCUGAAGAUGGAUAGGGGUGCAUCUGCUCUUUCCCUUCUUCUUAUGCAGGAGCCUGUGUUCUGACUACCUGGGAAUAAAGGUGGCUGUCAGGUUCCUUGAAGUAUUUCCUUCUUGGUGCUGUUGUCUUGGUGGGUUUGGGGACAUCUACCUCUCCCCAGUUACCUGCUUGGAUGUUGGCCAGGUCAAAGCUCUAGAGGCUUCUGCUGGUCCCACUGCAGUUGCUACUGGUUUAGCCCACAUGACCUCAGCAAGGGGGGCUCUGAGCGCUAGGGAGCUUCUCCCUGCUGGGAACUUCCAUCUUAGGGAAUGGAUUCUUCUCUGCCACACAAGCCCUGGUGCUUCCUUUCUCUUGCCUAGAGAGUGGGGACCGACUCCACUUUUGGGGUCUGGCUACAUGCCACAUAACCAUGGUUCCUUUCUAAGGGCAGUGAGUCAUGGUGACAGAGGUGGGAGAGGGCAGUCUCUGGCCCUCAUCUUGUUGACUGCCCCACUGCUCUGGACUGGGCCUUGCACCCUUGGGGUGGAGCCUCGACCUUCUGGCCAAUGCACUUCUCCUGGCAUCCAAGACCACUUUACCACCAGGUGGCAGUUCCAGCAAAACAGAAAAGCGGAGGUCGGGUGACUGCUUUUCAGAGGCAGCACUACCUCUGCCACUGUGCCCGAUAAGUGACUCACUGAGUACCUCUCCUAGGGCGUGCAGGGAAUGGACAUGGGUCUCAUACCAAGUCAGUUUGAACCCUCUCUGGGCAUGUUGUUUGCCAACCAGGGUGGAUCGUGGCUGAAAUGUGAAUGUGGGAUGCCAGGGCUGAAGGACUUCAGGGUGAAUUGGGCCAAUCUUUCUGAGCCCUGCGCUUGGAAUUCUAGGUCCUGAGCUUACAGAAGAGGAGAAGAUGGGGUGGAAGGCUUUGCCAUUUUAGGGUGUCCUACAAGACUGAGAGCCUAUCUCUGGGCUGAGGUGCUUCAGACUACAGCUGUGCUUUCCCAAGUGAGCCAUCUCCAGGGACCCCCAGUGAGCCAUAUCCAGGGCUAACAAAGGUGCUGACUCCUGUCUUCUCUUCUUCCUCUGGCAGUGCACCUUACCUCAGCGCAUCAGACCAAAUGGUUGGAGCUGUGCUUUUUUGCUGGCCACUGAGUGGCAACUAUGCUGGGACAUCCCUAAGGCUAGGGAAAGGACACCUAGCCAACUUAACCUUUUGAUGGCCUCACACUCAUUUCUCCUCCCAAGAGGGCUUCCUUCUUGUGAUGGUGUCCUUGAAGGCCAGCAGCCUCCCUGCAGCCCUGGGAGCUAUUUCAGUCCUUCCUUUAAGGCUGUGGUGGAAAUUGGCAGAAUACAGUCCCCUUUGUCCCUCUGAUGGAGGGUAAAGAUGUCACAGGCACAGGCUUCCGUGCUGGGUGUGUGCGCAUGCGUGUGAGGGCGUGGUUGUGAACAUGUGCAUGAUGGGGGUAUAGCCUUUUCUUGGGACCAAAUGUCCUUUGUACUCUGCACUUGAACAAUGGCGAUGUGCACUUUUGAGCUUCCUAGGACUUUUGUGCUCCACUCUGUGGGUGAUCAAACGUCCUCCAGACUUCCUCUUUUAUGGUCUGGUAGCUUUGCAGAAGAAGCAACUCAGAUAAAAACCUAUUCUUGUGUCUCAGACUUUUGCCUAUCCAUUCAUUCCACACCUUGAGUGGAAACUGAUUGUUUCAGGGUUAGGUGAUUCUCAGACCAGGGAAAGGAUUAAAUGAUUCUCAGAGGAGCCUGAGGCUGAAAGCACUUAGGGGGAUCUGAGACUACAAUUGUUUGAAGGAGAAUAAAUGAGCAAUAAGGAGAAGGUGAAUCCUGUUUCUUGCUUGCUGGCUGACCACACUGAGUGGGUUUCAUGGCUUGUGUGGGGCCAUGUGUGUGUAUCAUUGUUUGUGGCCCAGCUCAGCACAUGCUGGUGAGCCCUGCCGCCAUAUCUCCCUUGUGACUUUCCUUGAGAGAUGGGGGGUAUGAGAGGCCUUGGGAGAUUCCACUUUCUCUAUAGGCAGUCUGCUUCAUCCCACAGGGCUGGUGAGGUCUGUGCCCCAUUUAGAAGAGGGGCCUAUGUCCCAUGAUCAUGCUCUAGGGGGCAUCUCAAGCAGGGGUAGACUGGGGUGAGUAAUUAUUAAUAUUUUUCAGUGCUCUCUGUCUUUAUUUUGAUUUGGGAUCUAAAAUAUUUAGGAUUAAACUGAUUCCAGUUGUUUCCCUGUGUCCUUUUUAUGCAGAAGACACUGGGUAGGGUUCAGAUGUGGAGUUUCCUGAUGAGUUUGGUUUUUGUUUUAGCUCAUUUGAGUUUUUGCUGAGUUGACAAAACAGUAGCUUCAAGGGAGAAACAGACUUCACCAAGUCAGGGUGACUUUGCCACUCCCCAGGAUUAGAAUCCAGGGCUGAGGUGUGCGUGGCUGGAGCUGUUUCUUCCAGUUUUGUUAGAAAAGCCUUCUGUGGGGUUGGGGUGGGCUGGGGCGGGGGAGAAUUGUACAUAAAGUACAUUUUAUUACUGCAUAGAAACAUAAGGAAAGAGAAGCUAAUGGUUAAUCUUGAGCUUGCUUUGCUUGCAUGUAAAGGAGCUUUGGGCACCAUCACACGGAUUUCUGGGGAGCAGCAGGAAAGAGUCAAAGGGUAGAGAUGGGUGGGAGUGAGGGGCAGCUCCCCUGAGUGCAUCCCUACUGCUUCCCUGGGGAAGAGUGCACAUUUUCACCAGCCAUUCUAGGCCAGCUCUGCCUUCUUACCUUCUCCAAAAUAAAAAGGAGGCAGGCUCGAGCAGGCUAUAGGCAUGGAGCCCCAUGGGGCUAUGCUUAUUGCUUUGGGGAGAGGGUCUAGAUCUAAACUGAAUGAGGGAAUUGAUCAGGUGGGGUGUUUUCAGGAAGGGGAUUUAGAGAGUUGGAGCAUAGAAAGGAGGUUGAAUUCUUUAGCCAAGUGUCUAUAAGGCUGGAAGGGGAAUAGAGAGCUAGGUUGAUCAUGGAGUAGAAGGUGGGGAUCCUGGGAUAGGACAGUAAGGCCAGAGCCAGGGGACAUCAAAUCUUACCUUUCUCUGUGGAGCAUGUGAUAACUUAGUUACUCCUAAGGGUGCAGUAUACAAGUCAGGGGUCAUCCCAAGAAAAGAAAGAGGAGCAAUUUCCUGGGAUGGGGCAGGCUGGGGAGUGGUAGCUUUGAAGAUCAUUUGGGGAAUAGGUGUGGAAGACUGUUAUAGUCAUUGAAAAAAGACUGUGGAGUAGGACCUUAGCGCAUAGGCCCAGACUGGAUCUUGGAAAAGAUCUUCCUUCAUGGCUGGACUUCCUUACUUCUUCUAGAAUUAGCCUAUAACACUAAGUGCCCAAACCAAACAUGGACAUAUUCUCUGUGAUGUAUUUCAACUUCAUCUGUUUGUUUUCAGGGGUUCCUCAGGCCCAAAGCUGGGAGACUUGUCUUGAGAUCCCCAUCAUAUUGCUAGCUCUGUGUCAGUAGAGAAAGAGGAAGACUCAUUCCCAUGAGCUUCAUGUGUUUGUGUUCAUAAGCAGCAGUGGCAGGUGGCCUUUUCCUUCUCUCCCAUGAUCUUAAAUUGCUUAUAAGACAUUGUUGCUAGUGGUGGAGAGGAGGGAUUAGGGUUGCUUUUGCAUUUGUCAUCUUUUCUUCUUGGGGCACAGAGACUGCCUUCAGACCAUGAAGCCACCCAGUGGCUUCAUACCUAGAGGUUUUGUCCUCCUCACUUUCUCGUCCUUUGACAAGGUGAGGCCACCAGUCUGAUUGCCAUAGAAGGAUGAGAGAGUUUCAUCCUGAAGUGAGACCAGCUAUUCCUUUGUUCUCUUUGAUGUCUUCCUCCUUUCAGAUCAAGAGGCAGAAUUAAAAAUCUCUUCUUUAGAAGAAGUCAAUAGGGACCAAAGCUCAGGUUGGACUUCAGCCCUCUUAGCACCUUGAUGUUUGGUUAGGGAGGGGUAUCCAUUGCCAUCCCUCCCUCAGACUAGUUGUGAAACUACACUGGUCCAAUCCUUUAUUUCUGGCUCCCCCCACCAUCUGUACUUUCAAAUAAGUCUUUCAUGAACAAAUAUAACAUCCCCACCAGAUGUUCUGUGUUUGGGGGUGCUGAGAGGGUAGAAGUGUUUUCUAACCUCAUUUUAAGCUGAUCAAAUAAUUCCCAAUAGAUUAAGUCUGAUCCAAAAAGACAGACCUAAACCUAAGGGUUUCUGGGUAAGAUAAGGAAAAAAUAAGCAUUAGUGCACAUAUCAUUAAUGGCUCACCACACCUUAUAGAAGGAAGAGUCAGAGUAUCUUGAUUAAUAAAUACUUGGGUCGGACCACAGCCAGCAGUUGAAAUCAUGUAGGUAUUCCCUUCUGUGGUGGUUAUGUAAUAGCAGUUAGGGCUCCUGUAUAGGGCUGAUAGAAUAAUUGCCAGUUUUGGAGCACUGGCUGGGAGAGCUAGAUUGGGGAGUUAGAGUGGUACAAAUUCUCUGUUCCUAUCCCUGGUCCCUUGGCUGUUUGCCUUUCCACUAGAUGGGGACGUGAAUGGCUGUCUGGGCCUAAUGUUCUUUUUGGUCUUGAAGAAGUGUGCUCUGCCAUUCCCACCUCUUCCUGGAUUUCCUGGAUUCAUUUUAGGAACUAGGGCAAGCUUUCCACCUCCACCCCAUAUACAUACCAGUUAGGUCUUUCCUUCCCCACUUCUUUAUGGCUCCAGGGAUCCUGACCUUGUGCAUGGUUUAUGAUGGGGAGGUGGUUGGGUAGGGAAGGGAAUCUGGGAGGGGAGACAGUUUGGGCUGGGAGGCGUGGUUACAUUUUCAGCCUUAGAAAUACUGAAAGCAUGCUUUUGGGCGAUGUGUGAGGUUUUCACGUAGUAGAUGAAAGGGGCAAACGUUGACCCUCCUCAGGGGUGAUGAGGGCUUAGGGGCUUUUUGCUUCCUUUGGUCCUAGGACACCUACAAAAACUUCAUUUCUGAUGGAAGGGAGUAAACCCCCUCAUGGUUAUCUACAAUCCUUCGAAGGCAAUUGUCAAUCAUUCUAUCAAUGAAUAUUUAUAUUGCCUACUAUGAACAAUGAGAGGUCUGUCAUGAGUAGACAGUGUCCUGGCUGGGUCAGAGAAAUGGGGCUGUCUCACCUGUCCCUCUGCAGUUGCCAGACCAUCUCCUUGGUUGCCAGCCCCAGCCAGCUAUCUAGUCUGUGUUCCUUUCCUGGGCUUAGGAAGUAAGGGUAUGUGUGGGUGUGAGAGCGUGUGUGCUGUAUGUGUGUGGGUGUGAAUGGGUGUGGUGUGUUUUGGUGGUGUGUGGGUGUGUGGUGUGUAUUUGUGAUGCGAUAUGGAUGUUUUUGUUAGGUGUGUUUGUGGUGUGUGUGUGUGUGUGUGUGUGUGUGUGGUAUGUGGUGUGUGUGGUGUGGGAUGUGUUGGUGGUUUGGGGUACAUGUGUGUGGUGUGUGGUAUGUGUGUGUGUAUGUAUAGGUUUGUAAGGACACACUAAUUUGCCUGAGUAGCAUCAGGCCUAGAUGACCCUCUUUUUGGUUGACUCUUUGAUAGGCAACUUCUGUUUAGGUAGGAGGGCGAAAUUAGUAAUAUACCAUCUUUAGUGUAUUUUUUAUGGAGAUUGUAUAUAAAAUUAUAUAAGUACAUAAAAUUUGUUCUAUUUUAAGGAGAGGGAAACUUAUGUAAGGGGAGGGUGGGUACAAGGAUCAGAUGUAAUAGUUGAGUGUGGGAAGCUUCAGGCAAGUGGGGCAUCUGGGGAGUGGGAAGUGGUAGGACAGGAGACUCAAGCUGGGCAGGAGGAGUGGGGCUCAUGCCCUCGGCACACAUAUAUAAAUAUACAGAAAACCUAUAUAAAGUCUAUCGAGCUAGCUUAUCUAUAUAUCUAUAUAUCUAUAUGAAGUCAUAGUUUGCUUUAUUUUUGUACCUGUGCUUAGAGAUGUUUUGAGCAGGACCGCCUUCCCCAGGUGGUCUGGAAUACUAGCUCAUGCCUUGAUGCCCCCACCUUCCCUAUCCUUCCUCUAUGCUUCUUUUCCUUUGAAACACUGUUCAGAGUAGCUUGGGUCUUUCUGAUGGAAAUGUGUGUAUAUGAAAAUUUUUUAAAAUAACAAAACAAAUAAUCCACUUGCAGAAAGGACAAGUGAACUGAAGGUUGUCAGGAAGCUGUUGGAUCUGAUAGCCCCAAAGAAUCAGGACCCAGUGUCUCUUGUCACUGGGAAAGGACACUGAGGCUUGAACGCUUUGGCACAGGUGCUUAAUGCAGUGAAGAUGGGGAGCUGAAGACUGUGAAUCUCUCCUCUUACUGCUGGGGUUGGUACUCAGUUCCUCUGAAGGAAUCUGGCUCAGCAGCCUUAGAAAGGAGAAGGUUGUGAUUACCUGCAGGCUUACAGCAGUACUUGUUCUGGUUGUAGCACCUUGAUUCAAGCACUCCUGGAAGAUGUGGCAGUGAGAGGGAGGCAUCUUGAGAGAGCUUUGCCAGGCUGACUGUAUGGGCUCAGUUGUGGAGAACAAUACCCUGGUCAUUCUUGCUGCAGAUUCUUGGAACUAGUGUGAAUGUGAUAUCUAGUAUAAAUACAUCAUAUAUGCUUUUUCAGUUAUUAUUUUAAUUGGAAAAUAAGGUGUCAUUGAAAAUGGAAUGGUCCAAUCCUGUGACACUGAGGGGAGGAUAAGGUGUGAGAGAAGAACUCUGGGCAUGAUGGGGAGGAUGGGGCUGGGUGGAACCUCCUCCACCUGGCCUGGGACUUACAGAGCUGAACAGUAUAUUAGAAGAAUUUCGCUCACAAUUGGAGAUUUUGGAGAGUGGGAGCUCGCUUGCAUUGGAGCAGGACACUUUGUGUGGCCUGAAGUAUACCUCUUUGAGAAUUCAAGACCUCACAUAUGCUGCAAGGGCUCUGCACCUUGCAGCCUCAACAAUUGUCUCUUGGGUGCUAGCUUUUUCUUCUGACUUGCCAAGAGCUCAGAGUGUUGUGUUUGAAGCUGGUAAAGGGCCAGAUGGUACAGGCAGCCAGGAGAGACUUGUGGCUGAAAUCUCUCUGCUCUCAUCCUGCUCAUCAACUAAAAAAAGGCAAUACUAACCCCUCCUCCCCAACCAAAGUGUCGUGUUAUCUAAGAGCUUUUGUCAUUAGAGGGACUCAGAUGCCUCAGCCUCUGGAAUGGCUCUCUUACAUUUUUGGGGUAUUGUGGGAAGAGUAGGUUGGGAUGGAGUUUGAGUCUGACUCCUGGCCCUAUAAUGUGAACCUUAUAGGGCUCUGCCAUUCACUGAGGCACCAUAGAAUCCCUGGGAUUACUUGUUCAAAACACUUCUCAUGUUCCAAGGACACUGAAGGAAAAUGGGCUCUGUCUGCGGAACUGGAAGUGCUCCAAUACCGAGUCCAAUUGGUAAUGUGUCCACCCUUGACUAACUUUUUCUGCAGUCUUCCAGGGAGGCCAAGGAUACAGCCGGAUGUUUCUUAGUAAGAUUUUUCAGGGAGGUUGAGCAAGAGACAAAGCAGCACAUUCUCUGUCCUUUCCCACUCACACCCUCCACCUUCUAACCUACCCAAGCCUUCACACAGAGUGCUUUCCAUUGUUGGCAUUGUUGGUUUUUUCUUUCUUUCUUUUUUUCUUUUUUUCUUUUUCUUUCUUUCUUUUUUUUUUUUGGCUCUUAAAUCAGUCAUCCUUUCUUUCUACGUAGAUCCUGUCUCAUUUCUGGUACUCAUGCAACCAGCAGAAUAUGUCACUUUAACAUCCCAGGCCCUUCAGAGGGUUAGUACCAUCGCUAGAUCUGCAGUUACUCUAAAACUCUACUUCUUCUCACAUUAUACUCAAGUCUUGAUCCUUAGAAUCCUCAGCAGCAUCAAAGUACACAAGGUCAAAAGUCACCUGCACAUUCCCAUUUCAUUCUUUAACCUCCAGUUGGACUCUUCAUUUAUGGAAGGAAAAGUGACGACAAGGGACAUAGCCCCUACCUUGAAAUUUUAGAGCUUGGGAGAGGAUGUAAUGCUUACCUCUACCUUUUCCACAAUCCUGGCCAUAAGCCCUCAGAAAGAUGGUGAAAAGGUAGGUAGACCUUAGAGGGGGAAAGGAUAGAUAGCCCAGUGUAGAUCUCCAAUUUCUCUGAAGAACGAGCCUUUCACAAAGGCACAUGGAGCAAAAUGGGUUGAGAUCUGAUUAUAUAUGGAAUAAAAAUUUCCUGUCUUUGAACCUCUCAGUUCAUGGGACAAGUUGGUGGGAUGGGUGCUCUGAUUAGGCCUGUGAAGCUUAUAGCCCCUGCUGGGAACUUGAGCUGUUCCAUAUGCUUAUGCCAUUAUCCUUGGUUCCCAUAUGGUGGAAGGGAUAUUGAAUUUUGGCUUUUCCCUUUCGGUAGCUGGUGGCGGAACCUGUGGAGUUUUCUUCUGCUACCUCUGUCUGCUACAUGGAACAAGAGCUUGGAGUAGACCAAGUCAUUGAGAAUUGCUCACCCACAGAUUGGGGUGGGUCAUAUCCUUUCCCCCUUUAUUAUCAACCAGUAGCUUGGGGAAGAGGAAUUUGUCUGUUGCUCUUUGGCUUUUUGUUAGGCCCUUCUUCUCCUCUUUGCUGUAGGUGACCAUGCUGCGCCACUUCUUACAAUAUAAAAAGUGGGAGGCGGGGGAACAGGAGAACUACACAGUACUCUUCCUGUCCAUAAGGUAAGGGAUUAUCCACAAUGCCAGACUGUGGGGGUCUCUGCUAUUGUUUAGUAAACCACAGUGCAGUGUCCAGGAACUGGAAGGGGACACUUCAUAGAAUGAUCUUGAUUGCUGGAACUUUAGAUGAAAUCAUUGGUUUAGGGAAGAAUAGCAGUUCAAAGCUCCAUUUACCAAGUCGUAUGCAUCAAUCGCAAAAGGUCUUAAUGUCUCAUUCAUAUUUAAUUUCCACACUACCAUCUGUGGGGCCAGAAACUGAGGGCACAGAUGGCAUGUGCUUUCCCCAGUUGCUCCUUUUCCACAGCCAUUGACUUGAAGGAACCAUCCUGCUUCCUGUCAGGGAUGCUUGGUUCCCUUCACCUUCAACUUUUUCUCUUCCAUCAGGAGAGAUUCUGUCAUCCUGGAUAUACUUCUUCCAUCGCACACCUGGAGGCCAUUUUGUAUGAGUUUCUUUUCCCUGUUUCACCCAGUGGUCUGUGGACACACAGAGGGUGGGGGUGGCUAGGCAGUGGGAGGGGAGGGGUCCCAAUGCAGGCCCCCCAAGACCUCUUAAAAACUCCAUACCUCCAGAUGCCCAGUAGCCUCUUGUAUAGUUAUUUUCUGAUGAAUCUGGAUGUGACUAUCAGUUUCGUCAUGGGAGUUCUUGCUCUCAUUUCAAACUCUUUUUUUUUUUCCUUCUUCAGCUUUCUUUGGGAGUUACUCCCCACCCAUGCCAGGUCUUCUUGUGAAGACCAUUCAAACCUCGUUUCCAUUUCUUGAAUGUCAAGUAUUACAACAUAACUGCGCUAGGGUGCUUUAUGGUGCUGUUCUUGAAGAGGCCAGCUGGACUGAACCUCCUUCGUCCCACUGGUUCCUUAAAUCUUGCUGUAUUUUGUCUUCUAUUUUAUUUUUUUUCCCUAGGGGUUUGGGGUGGGAGACAUGGGGUAGCUUUUGUGUUCUCUCCCUCUCUUUUCUUUAUGUAUGGACUGGUUAAAGUCAGUUAUCAUGGGCAGCUGACUUCAUGGUAUUGGUUGGCUGACUUUGGUUAAUUAUUAAAGACAAACCAACAAAUUGUACAGCUGCACACAGAACACCUUUAAGUGUGAAAUUGAAUGGCAACUAGAGGCUUACUUUUUGAACUUCAGGUAUGUAACUCAAAAGUAAAUAAAAACACUAUUUUUUCAGUAAGCUUUUUUUUUUCUUCUAAGAGACAACUUAGAAAUCAGACUAUAAGAACAUUAAAUCGGUGCUGUACCAAAGCCUUAUAUGAACAUAUUUACACUCUGUAUAUCCUGUCUCUGGUGAACUUCCUGCUCUCUCACCCUCUUCUCAAAAGCCUGGGAAUGCCAGCGUGUGCCAAGCCUGGGGCUGGGUCUUGGGGACCUGUGAGCCAAGGGGACACCUUGGAGCAGAGGAUAAUGAUGAAGAUGGGACACCGUUCUGCUUCCUGAGUAGACUCUGAGGGGAAACCAGGCGUGUGUGUGUGUGUGUGUGUGUGUGUGUGUGUGCAUGUGUGUGUGUAUGUGUGUGUGUGUGUGUGUGCAUGUGAGUUUGUAUGUGUGUGUGGGAGUGCUUAUGGGUGCACAAUGCCAAAGUGAAUGCACUAACUGGGGGUCUGAAAGGGAGACCCAGGUUGGCUCUGGGAGUGGGCUGGUUGUAAUGAAUGAGAGGGGGAGUGUGUCUUCUCCCUUAUUUCCUGUCUCCUUCCCUUUCCUCUCUGUCAGGGAAUGGAGGUGUAUGGAAACAGCUACACUCUUAACCAGGUGCUUUUCCCUCAAAAUCUCCAGACACUAAGCAUCUAUAAAAAGCCCAUCCAAGGGGCAGGUACCUCUAACUACAAAAUCACAGACUGCCAAGAUGGGGAGGAGCUUUUCUUCUCUCUAGCUCUUGUUUGCUUUCUUGGGGAAGGGGGGUCCUCCUUGUCCUCCAUUCCUAGACCUGGGCCUGUUCUAGCUGCCACCCUCCAGGUGGGCUCCAAUUGGCUGUCCUACUCCUUCUUCCCAAUCCAUAAGGAAGACCUGCUUGAGAGGACCCCUAAGCCACGCCCACUCUGUGGCCCUAAGCAAUAAUGCCCACCCUGGCUACCAAGGACCCUUUGGCCUUAGACUCUUGCCAGUUAAAAAACCGAGUGACACCCCAAACUCGAUUAGGGAGAAGGUCUGCAGCCUGUGUUGGCUCAGGCUGCCAUGCCAGGCUCCACUCGCUGGUAUUUUCAGGCUUGCUGGAUACUAACCAACUCAUCGCCAGUAACACUGCAUGUUCAUAUAGUGAGUUAAAAUCGAAACAAGCAAACACGUACAUAAGCAAACAAAAAGAGGAAAAAGUGCACAUCGAACGACAAGAUGUGUAGCCAGUGAAGGUAUCCUGGGAGUGUUGCAAGUUAAAGUAAUUAAAAGAAGUUUAGUAUUUAAUUGCUCCUCAUGUAACAUUACUCUGCUUCAGAAAUGUUUUGUAUUUUGAUAUAAAUAAACAUUUGCUAAAAAAGUU